UGAGGUCACAAUGUGGCCUUCCCAACACAGGGCCAGCCAGGGCCCUAAGCCAGAAGGCAGGGCAGAGGUAGCAUGGGCUGUGGCCCCUGAGGUGACCAGCUCUGCCAUGGGAAACAGCAGUUCUCACAAGAGGACCAACGCACCCAAGCAGCCACUCGAGGAGAGGCCACCAGAUAUGGACAAGGCCGAGGGGCAGCAGUUCUUCAGCCACUUUAAGCAGAAGAAGCUGAAUGCCAAGAUCGUGCUGCUUUUCCCUGUGGACAAGUGGCAGCAGCGGACUGAGGUGGCGGGUCUGGGUGUGCGUGCGCAGCGGCCCUAUGAGGAAGCGACUGGUGUCCAGGGAGGCAUCCCAGCGUCUCGUAUGCUUCAAGGAGCCGGAGACGCCCCGGAUCAGCGCGAGCAGGUGCGCAGGUACAAGCUGAGGGUCCAAGUCCUGCUCCUGAGGCUGAACUCCAGACUGCAGGAUGAAGCCUAUCGCGCCGCGGGCGGGGCCAGACCUGGGGGCGGAGCCUCAGACCACAGGGCGGGGCCAAAGCCCGAGCAGGACCAGCAGCAACGGUUCUCCAACCUGCUGAACCGGAGUGAGGCGGACACCGAGUGCGCUCACGGCAAGCGGCGGUGGCGCUUCAUUCGCUCACGGCCCUGAGUGCCCGGCCGGGUCCCGGCCUAAUAAAGAGCGCAUAGCAACCCUUGGCGUCUGUUAGCUCUGUUUGGGCCACUGGGGUGCAAGCAAAGUGAGGUCCAGCCAACGAAGGAAUGAAUAAGGCAGACGACUGGCAGCACCGUGAUCUGAAGCCAGAGCUGACUUAGGCUUCUCUUUUUCUUUCUU